AUGGUCGCCGUCGCACUUCCCGCCGUCGCGGCCGCCGCGGCCAAUACGGUCUCGAUGCCCGUAUACUACGAGCCGUAUGUCAGCACACAGGUGCUUGCCAACUUUACCUGGGGCACGCCUGCGUCCGGCCCCAUCCAGACCGUCAUCGACACGGGCAGCCCGGGCUUCUGGGUCUGGGGCCCCAAUGCCACGGUCAACAGCGGCUCGCCGUACCUCUUUGUCCCGGGCCCAUGCAACCGCACCGCAGAGCCCUUUUUCGACUGGCCGGCGUCAUCGACGCACACGAACCAGACGACGGGGCGCGCCACCUAUGCGUACGGCGGCAACGGCAAGAUCAUCGCGUGCCCCUUUGGGCUCAACGACACGCUGGGCUUCGGCAGCAGCACCGACUACCCGCCGAUGCCCAACCAGCAGGUCAGCAUCUGCGACUACGCCAUCAUCAAGGACCGCUCGUGCGAGAUCUAUUAUGACAAGAGCAUCCUCGGCCUCUCGCCCUACGUGGGCAACGGCCCGCGCUUCCGCGACAACCUGCUCGCCGACGGCCUCGUGACCGACACAGUCUUCUCCAUGUGGUUCGACGCCCUGCCCGGCGACGUCAACGACCCGCAGACGGGCACCCUGCUCUUCGGGGCCGUCCCGGACGCGUCCCACUACACGGGCAGCCUGGUGACGGUCAACCAGACGCAGCCCGAGGGCGGCUUCUACUACGCGGCGCUGCCCGAGGUCCGCGGGACCCGCAUCGACGACCCGGCCGCCGAGUCGCAGGCCAUCGACAUCUUCACGCCCCCGAGCGGCGUCAUCCCAGACUGCCUCGUCGACUCGGGCACCCACGGCCUGACUUUUCCCCUCGACGCCGCGGACCUGCAGGCCAAGACGGGCCUGGUCGAGAACGCGCCGUACGUCAACCUCGCCUACCCGGCCCCCUGCAACGACAUCCCCGCCGACGCCACGCUCGACCUCGUCUUCACCGGCCUGGCCGCGGGCGAAAAGGUCACGAUCAAGCUGCCGUACCGCAACAUGGUCCAGGGCCCUGGCGCCCGGGACCCGUCCAUCUGCUCGCUGGCGCUGCAGGUCCAGGACCCUACGUGCGUCCUCGGCGGCACCUUUUACGCGGCUGCCGUGGUCGUCCACGACGAUGUGGGCAAGACGUUGAGCCUCGCCCAGGGCGGUGGUCGUUAA